AUGGUAGGCAGUGCCUUCCUUAGUCUUACCAUUAAGGCCAAACAUUGUAACGAAAUUUCCCUCUUUGCUUACUUAGAGGACGUAGACAUCAACAAUGGAUUCUCUCAUUAUGUUACCGAGGCACAGGCAAGUGCUGGCUUCGAACCGUCCUUCAGAAAUUCGCGACGAUUUGCCUGUUGGAAGUUACGGGCGGGUAGUGCGAACAUUCUUUAG